AUGCCCCUCGAAUCCGACUUUCCACAAUUCUUUGAGGAGAGUUCGAGCCAAGAUGACCUAUUGGAUCCAUGGCUACUCGACGAGUUCAUCACCAAUCCUUCCAUUUAUCACGCACCACAAGCACCCCCACCAUCACAUCUGAACGAGGACUUUGACCUCCUCUGGUCACAAGUAAACGAAUCCGACCUCAACGCCCAGCCCUCCCUCACUUCGCAGCCACCACAACCACCAUCACCGCUGGCGGUCCUGAAGUCCCCCUCCUCGUCCUCAUCCGAAAGCAACUCGGUCCCCUGGACACCAGCAGAUGUCUACGAAAUCGGGUACCGGGACAGCAACGGCGACUGGCGCUGCGACUCCAGCCAAUGUAUCUCCAACCAGGUCUUCCUGCGCGCCUGCGAUCUACGCAAGCACUACCGCUCCCACCAGCGGAUCUACUUCUGCCAAGAGCGGGACUGUCCGCGGUCUCUCUCCGGCUUCUCUUCCAGCAAGGACUGCCGCCGACAUAUGAGAUCCCACCGCCCCACCCUUACAUGUCCGGCAGCCGAGUCUCUGGGGUGUCCGAGAGUGUUUAGUCGAGUUAGUAUGUUUUUGUUUCCUUCCUGCCUCUAG